AUGGGAUAUCAUGUUGCAGAGGGAAAGACAGCAUUAACAAAAGCCGCAACACCAAAACUGACUUGUGUUUUCUUCCUUCCGUAUUACCAGGUGGUUAUAAUUCAGCCAUAUGACACCGGCUCAAAAGCUCACCCAUUCCCUUAUGCCCUCGUUGCCGGUAUUGAACGAUAUCCCUCGAAAGUGACCCGUCGGAUGGGAACCAAAAAGGUCGCAAAGCGAAGCAAGGUCAAGCCAUUCAUCAAGACCAUCAACUACAACCACCUCAUGCCCACCCGCUACACGCUCGAACUUGAGGGACUCAAAGGUGCUAUCACAAACGAUACAUUCAAGGAGGUAUCGCAACGGGAGGAGGCUAAGAAGACUGUGAAGAAAUCGUUGGAGGAACGGUACAAUAGCGGAAAGAACAGAUGGUUCUUUACCCCUCUGAGGUUCUAA